CUAUUUUUAGUAAGCUUCCAAAUCAUUAUAAAUACCCAUGCAAUGCAUCUAAAUCACCACCACCACCACCACCAUUUCUUAUACUGAUUCUCAUUCUCAUUCUUUCUUUUAGCAGCAAUUUAAAUUAUAUAAUAAUGAGGUUCAGUGUCGUUUCUUUUCUGCUCAUCUUCUUAGGAACCCUAAUUAUUUCUUGCCAAGCUGCUGCUGCUGCUGCUGCUACUUCUCCAAGAAACCUAGCUUUUGUCAGGACAAGGGGGUCCCACUUUGUUCUCCACGGAUCACCAUUUCUGUUCAAUGGUUUCAACUCUUAUUGGAUGAUGCAUGUUGCUGCCGACCCUAACCAGAGGUACAAGGUUUCCGAGGUUUUCAGAGAAGCUUCUGCUGCCGGCCUCUCUGUCUGCAGGACUUGGGCUUUCAGCGAUGGGGGUGAUCUCCCCCUCCAAAUUUCCCCUGGAACCUACGACGAACGUGUCUUUCAGGGACUGGAUUUUGUUGUGUCUGAAGCAAGAAAGUAUGGGAUUCGGUUGAUAUUGAGUUUGGUGAAUAACUACAAUGAUUUUGGGGGCAGACCACAGUAUGCCAAAUGGGGUAGAAAUGCAGGAGCACAGAUCAAUACUGAUGACGAUUUCUAUACACAUCCACUUCUCAAAGAUUAUUACAAGAACCACAUCAGGAGAGUGGUGACAAGAUUCAACACCAUAACUAGAACUUUUUACAAGGAUGACCCCACCAUCAUGGCAUGGGAACUCAUGAACGAGCCCCGCUGCCAAGCUGAUUACUCUGGAAGAACUGUCAACGGUUGGGUUGAAGAAAUGGCAAGAUUCGUGAAAUCACUGGAUAGAAAGCAUUUGCUUGAGAUAGGAAUGGAAGGGUUUUAUGGAGACACAAUGCCUCAGAGGAAACAAGUCAAUCCUGGUUACCAAGUUGGUACUGAUUUCAUUUCCAACAAUCUUAUCACUGACAUCGAUUUCGCUACCAUACACGCCUACCCUGAUAUCUGGUUAUCGGGUAAAAGUGAGAAUGAGCAAAUGGGAUUCAUGGAGAGAUGGAUGGCGAAUCAUUGGAACGACGCAAGAACAGUGCUGAAGAAGCCAUUAGUAAUUGCAGAAUUUGGAAAGUCAAGCAAAGAUGUGGGAUUCAGUUUGAACGAGAGAGACUUGUACAUGGGGAAUGUAUACAGAGAUAUAUACAGAUUUGCAAGAACAGGAGGUACAAUGAGUGGAAGCUUGGUGUGGCAGCUGAUGGCACAAGGAAUGGAUGAAUACAACGAUGGUUACGACAUCGUCUUAUCUCAAAGCCCUUCAACUGCAGGCAUCAUGUCCAGGCAAUCACAUGCCAUGAAUGCCUUGUCUCAUUUGUUUUCAACUCAUAAUAUUAAUAAUGCUAAUAAUAAUGGUCCACAUGCUCAUGUGAAUGGAGUCAUGGUGACACGAGGACAUCAUCAUCAUCAUGCGAAGCAUGGUCAUGGAAGAGGACAUCAUCAGAGGAAAUCAAAUAUUGGUCAUCUCCAUGGAAAAAAUAUUAAUCCUUGAUUUAAAUUCAUAAUUAAUUUUUAAUUUUUCAGAAUAAGAUAUAUAUAGAUAUAAGAUGGAUGUCUCGAUCUAUAGAUAGUAGUGUACUUGUUUUUAAUAAGGUUCAUUACUUGUAGCUGACAAUGGGAUAUGGGAGAAAAAUAUUCCAUUUAUUUAAUUUCGUUCCAAGUGUUAUUGUAACUGUACGUUUCUUGUUAUUCUAUGUAAUUCGUAAUAAUCAAAUCAAGUUGUUU